AUGGACUCCGUGGUGAAGAAGUCGCUGAGGGGGCCCAUCAGGAAGCUGACCGGCUGUGUGUCCGGGGUGACGGAGACGGAGGUGUGGGCCAAACGCAGGAACAAGAGGAGCGGAGGAGGCAGAGGAGGGUGUAGCAAGGUGGGCAAGGGCCUGUCCCUCCCAAUACCGCCCGCCAAGGACCCUUCGGUCGUUUGCUCCUACCAGGCAGACCUAGAAAAGGAGAGGAAAAUGCGAGAGGCAAAGAACGCCCAGAAGAAUGCGGAGAGAGCAUCGAUGAGAGCGCACUUCAGGAGAAAAUACCAGCUGUCCAAGAACCCCAAGGACAACAACUACAUGAGGUCCGUCGGAGGGAAAGUGUCUCUCCCCUGCGAGCUGGCCAAGAUGGUUCAUCCCGACACCAAGACCAAGGAUGACGGAUACAACCUGCUGAGCGCCUUUCAAGGCCUCGGCUUCAGCGUCGGGGCGCUCGCAGGGAGCAAGCGGAGCAGAACGCCCACGCCUACACCGGCGGGUGGAGAUCCGUGCAGAGUCAUGUGA